CAAAAAUAGAAACCCUUUCUCGCGCAGAGGGGGAGAUGGCGAGCUCCAAUAGGGUGAUCGCGCCCCCAGCCCUCGUGGAACCCUAACCCUAAGCCCCGAUUACGAGCGCGGAGGAACUCUGAUCUCAGCUCCGGGACGAUCGAUCCCGUCGCCAUUUGCGCCUCCCUUCUUCCCUCCCUCCCUGAAGAGAUCCCCAAUUUUCCUGCCGGCUGAUCGGGCUCCUCGCUCCUUGCGGAUCGAUCCAUCGAUCUGCUGCUUUGCAGCGGCCGUAGAUUGGAUUGCUUUUUAAGGGUUGUUAUUGUUUAAGUAAAUCAUCAUACUGUCAAGAAUUUGCUUCCAUUUACCAAAGGGAUAAUAAGUUUACAGAAUAUCAGGAAAUUAAGUUAUAACUUCUGGUCAGUGCAGGCUGGAUUUUGUGCCAUUUUGAGGAGGUUCAGAUUCUCUUUGAGAAGAGUAAUCACUUUGUAGUCAUUGAAUCAUCACGAAGUUGGAAUUUGGCUGAUUAUGUAGAAUAUGUCAUGGAUAGUUCAAUUUCAAUGCAACACUGUGAAAUCUGAAUCGAAAAGACCCCAUUCUCGUUUAUCAGGAAGGUAUGAAAAUCAAUGGAAGAGGAAGCUAAUAUGGUGCCUUAUCGCAACAUACAGUUGUUCUUCACGAAGUUUGAUUCUCUUGCUUAAUAUGGAUUGUUUCUAAGAUUCUUCUUGUGGAGAUUAGAAAAAGGAAAAAAAAGAUUUUUACCCUCAAAGUUAUAAUCAGACACUAAUCAUUUUCAAAGCUUAGCUUUUAAGCCAACAUAUUUUUUUCAUUUUUUGAUGGCUAUUAAAGGAUCCAAGGAAAGCUGCUCUGUUCCUAAUGGAUAUAUAGAAGCAAGAGGCUAAUGAGCUUCACUGCUAGUAAGGAUUACCUCUUUUGAGCUUCAAUUCCUUGUCCAAGUUUCUCAUCCAACAUGCAAAUGUGGCAACAACAGUUGAUGUACAAGCAGCUCCAAGAGGUUCGGAGACAGCAGCAACUACAGCAGCUAGAUCAGGGAUCGAGGCAACUGAGUCCCCUUAGCCAGUUUUCUGCUGUAGCAAAACCUGCAACAGAAAUUCAGUUACCUUCAACAUUAAAUGAAAGAAAUCAGUUACCUGCAACUUUAAAUGAAAUGCCCAUCAAUGAUCCAUAUAAUUAUAUGUGGCUUAAUAAUUAUGUUGGAGGCUCAUCCAACUUAUCUGGUAAUUCUCAGAUGUUUACUGCUGGAAACAUGAACCAUGUACAGCCAAGUUGCUCUGUUGCCAUGCAGAACCUUACAAAUGGUGUUAUUGUCUCAAAUGAUCAAAGUCAAGCGAUGCAAUUUAUUGGAUCUAUGCCACCACAAAUUAAUCAGUCUUUUAGUGGCAUAUCCGUUUCAGGCACUUGCUCUGGCGACCAAUAUUCUCACCCAUUAGGAAUAUCAAGUUCUAAUCAUGAUUCAAUGACCAAGGCUGCUGAAACAAAUGCAGAAAAGACAUCAUACUCAUCUAGCAUUUUCCAAACUGAUCAUCAAAUAGACUCACAAGGUUCCUUACAGGAGAAGGCUUGGGCCACUGCACGGAAUUUUCCAGGGAAACAUGUCGUUGACAAUUCUUCAACACAGACAUCAGAAAAGUUUCAACAAUUGAACAAUCUGCAACACAGCAUUCGGUUUCAGGAAUUUCAUGGUAGACAAGUACAGGAUGAUGCAUUGGGUAAUUUAGUGGAGAAACAAGAAUCACAAGUAGGAACUUCUACUGGUGUGGCCAGUCUGGAUCCUAUAGAACAUAAGCUCUUGUUCGGCACCGAUGAGGAUGACAACUGGGGAUUUUCAUUUGGAGGGAGCCUUACCUCUGGCAUGGAUGGAGAUGCACAUGGGCAUUCUUCAGAGAAUGAUUAUUUUGGUUCAUUUCCUUCUGUCCAUAGUGGGAGCUGGAGUGCUCUUAUGCAAGAGGCUGUACAAGCUUCCACUAGUGACAAGGGGGUCCAGGAAGAAUGGAGUGGCCUGAGCUACCAAAAAACAGAGCAACAGAUGCUAAAGCCUCUGAUUACAACAACUGACAAUGGGAAACAGUCAGCUAUUUGGGAUGAUAGCAACUUGAAGGGUGCAAGUUCAACUUCUAGGCCGUUUCCUUUGUUUAAUGAUGCUAAUACAACGCCAACUUCCACUGGCCCUAUUAAUCAGCAUUCUUUUGACUCCACUUAUGAAGAAAGCAGUAGGGUUCUGACUGAGGCUCCCCGUGUCUCAUCCUUCCGAGGAUCCAGUAACAAAGAAUUCCAUCAGAAUCAAAAAAUUGUGGAAGGUAGUCUUCAAGCUCAAAUGCCUUCAACUAGUCGUGCGUGGGCUGGGCUGACCAUCAAGCAGAAUGAGAACAGUUCUGAGGAGAUUCAUUUUAAGUCACAGGACACAGAGGAUGGUUGGAGUAACCAGAAAAACAUGCCAUCAUCCAAUGUUUCUGUUUUGCCUGUUAAUAAGCUAAAUAGCUUGAAGGCAAGUUUUCCAAUGGCAUCUGGAGGUGACAAAUCAAAUCAUCAUGAAAGUGAUGGCCAUUUGUGGGAGAUUGGUGAAAAUCAUGUUAAUAUGAAUUCUGGCUUGCAACGAGUCAAAUCUGAUAUUGGCAGUCUCAACAUACAAGCUGAAGAAUCCUUAGCAGGUAAAUUUGUUUCUGUCAAUAAACCGAACACCUUAAAGUUGAGUCAGGACAUGCAUCAUCAGGUUACUAAUGUGCAGCAAACUGUUUUUGGGGGACAUUUUGCCCUUAAUUCAUGUGUGCAUUCUGAAGAUGACAAAGAUAUUGAAGAAAACCAGAACCAGCCAAGCAGGAAGCCACAAACUUGGGAGAUGUCUGUAAGUACUGCUGCAGAAAGAUUGGGUAAAAGCUAUGAGAAGAAAAAAGAACAUGAAAGAGUGGUUUUAGGUGACAGUUAUGCCGGAAUUGCAGCAAAAGAGAAGUAUCUAUUGACUGUGAAUGACCAAUAUCCUUCCGUAAGUGGAGGCCAGAAGUCCUCAAUUCUGUCAAGUCAUCCUACUGUGGGGUCAAAAAUGUUGCAGAAUUCACUGGGAAGUUUGAGGAAGCCUGUAGAAUCUUCUUUCCUGCCCAAUCAACUAUUACGGUUUCAGGGCUUGUCCAACUCUGUUUUUCAUGGAUCAAACAAUGAAGGGCAAUCAUCCGUUGGGAAAUCACAGUUUUCUGGUCAUAUUGUACCCAACAAUCCUAUGGAUGUGUCCGAGAGGAUUGCAGUGGGAGCAGAGGGACUGCAGUCUCGAGGUACCAUACCUGUGUGCCCCUCUAGGAGUUCUUUCGAUGGCUCAACUGCUCAACAUUCCCAGAAUGAAGUGGUUGCUCAAGCAAGUUAUAAUAUGCUCGAGCUUCUCCACAAGGUUGACCAAUCAAAGAACGUUGUUUCUACAAAUGCAUCUGAUGUUCCUGCACAAGCUGCUGCUGAUGUUUCUAUCACGCAUCCUCACUUUGAUCAGUCUUCUAAUUUGCGUGGUUUUGGGUUGCGUUUGGCCCCGCCAUCUCAGGGGCAACCACUACCAAACUAUACACCAAUCUCUCACAAGUCCUUGAAUGAUAUUAACAGUGGGCAAUCAGACCAUGAAGCAGAAUAUCAGGGUCAGACGUGGCUUAGUCCUACAUCCUCGAUUCGACCUGUUCUUCCAUUUGAUGAAGCAUCUAAAAGAGAAAAUUGGGAUAAGAUAGCCAGCCUACCUGGACAGAAAAAAACUGAAUAUUCAGAAGCAAAUAAUCAUUUUAAAUCAUCAGCCACUGUUUCUGAUUCUUCUUCAGUGAGAGAUCAGCUGCAGGAGCAGCAGCAGCUUAGACAGCAACACAUUUCUAGUGCAAAAGAUCACCUGGAGAAUCAACAACAGCAAUGGCAACAACAUACUUCUAAUGCAACAACUACUCAUGGACUUUUGGACCAUUCUGUCAAUUUUUCCUUUAGUAACCAAACUAAUACAAAUAUGCUUGUUAGAAAUGCUUCUCUCGUUAGGCAGCCACUUGACUGUCAAAGUGGAUCUUUAGGCGGCCAAUCUGUUCAAACAUCAUUGCCUCCUCUGGCUGGUAGGUUUCCAGCUUCAGAUGUUGCUUCCCAUGCUGAAUCUCGUGUACCUGUUGGUUCACAAUUUUCCUCAGAAGGGACAGAACAUACAAGAGGAACAAUUGCAGGAUUUUCUCAAAUUAUAAGUUCGGGCCAACAGUUACCUGCUGUAGAGACAAAGUCAAGUUCACAACCUUCUCUGUCAGGCACGUCUCAGCAAGCCAGCUUCUCAAAGAUGUUGCAUAAUGUGUGGACAAAUAUUUCAGCUCAACAACGUCAAGCUGGUAUUGAUCCUUUUCUGACUCCAAAUGUACUUCAGUCUAUAAUAAAUCAUGGUAGAGACACAAGUUCAUGGGGCCUCCCAAAGCCAGGUGAUCAAGUAAAUAAGGAAGAUAGUGCUCCUCCUGAGCAUAUGGAUGUUUCUCAUGAGUCAAGCAAUACAUCCCAGGGGAAAGAGGCCGUGCUAAAGCCACAGCAGGAUGUUAACAAAACAAGAAAUGGACAGGAUCAAGCUCUUAGUUCUUGUGUAUUGCGUGCUCCUCUAACGAAUAAUGUCUCUACCAGCAGUGGUAUUCUUGCAGGGCGCAUGUCAAAGCCUUCAGAUGUUCAACAGCAAAACUAUUCACUGUUUCAUCAAGUACAGUCCAUGAAGGCUUCUGAAUCUGAUAUAAACAAGACAGGAAUCCUACCAAAAGGAGCUGCUUUUAGUUCCGAUAGUUCACAGAUGAAUUUCAAUGUAGAUCAGGGAAUUGUUCAUGGCCAGAAUACAAUUCCCAGAAUCCCUGCAGAUGGUAAAGUUGGAGCAGCUUCUCAUAUUUCAUUCAUGUCAGAUGCCAAAAUGCUGAGCUUUACUUCAAGUGACAGUGAAGAACAGAAUCCCAACACAUCCAGUGCAGGACAUCAUAACCAAAGUCACAUGGAACCACUUAGUACAAGUUCCACAGCAAAUGUAUUGGGAGAUGGUGAGCCCACCCAGAUUAGUCCUCAGAUGGCUCCUUCCUGGUUUGACAGUUAUGGAACCUACCAAAAUGGCAGGAUGGUUGCUAUGUUUGACGCCCAUAGGAGUAGAAAAGCUUCCGUUCAGCAGUACUUUCUCCAAAAUGCUCCUGCAAAGAUGGAUAAUAGUAAUGUCGUCGAGCAAAGACUUGAUAGCAGCCAGGUUGGUAGCUAUAGGCAAGAUACAUUGGCCUUCAAGAUAGCACCCAGUGAUACAACUUCUUCUUUGCUGCCCCCGGAUGUGAUGGUCCAUGGUAGAAUUAUAAGGUCAAAGAAGCGCAAAAUUGCAAAUAGAGAUCUUCUGCCAUGGCAUAAGAUGGUCAUGGGAUGUCCACAAAGUUUGCAGAGCAUCAGUAUGCCAGAGUUGGAUUGGGCUCAAGCUGCCAAUAGAUUGAUAGAGAAGGUGGAUGAUGAAGCUGAAACUAUGGAUGAUGGCCUGUUUAUGCCUCAGUCACGAAGAAGGAUAAUCCUGACAACUCAACUGAUGCAUCAACUUAUUCCAGCUGUACCAGCUGUGAUGUUCAAAGGAGAGGCAACUUCAGGUUAUCAAAGUGUGACUUUCUCUAUUGCUAAAACAGCACUUGCAGAUGCAUGCAGCCUGGUUUCUUCCUCAGAAAGUGAUUCCCAUUUGCUGUUGGGAAAUGAAAAUACGAUAAAUAUUGGAGAGGUUAAGACUUCCAAGAAGGUGGAAGAAGAUACAUUCUUAAAGCUUAUGGAAGAUUUCAUUGGUAGAUCCAAGAAACUUUCAACUGAUUUCUCAAGAUUGGAGAGGAAGACGUCGUUGUUGGAUGUCCGACUGGAGUGCCAAGAGUUAGAGAGGUUUUCCAUUGUGAACCGAUUAGGCAAGUUUCAUGGUCGGACUCAUGCUGAUGGGGUCGAUGUAUCUUCCACUCCUGGAAAUGCCUAUCGCAGGAUCUUUCUGCAGAGAUAUAUCACCGCCGUUCCAGUGCCUGGAAAUCUACCCGAGGGGGUUUGCUGUCUCUCACUCUAAGAUCAUUUAUCAAUUGAUUUUGUUUCUCUUGUCAAAUGGCUGUGGUCGCCAUCGCUAUUCCUCGAUGCUUUUCAGUCACACCUCCAUCGGAAAAAGAGAGAGAGAGAGAGAGAGAGAGAGAGAGAGAGAGUUCAUAAGCAUUAAUGUGAGAGGGGGCAGGCAGUUCUUUUGUCCUAGUAUUGAAGACGAGGACCGCUCAGGGGUUUGGCCUUUGAAAUCUUUCCCGAUGGUUGUUCACCCUGAUAUGAGAGGUAUAGGUCUUUGUACAUCAAUGGAGGUACAGAAAAUUAGGUUGUGGCAUCUCAUUUUUAUAUGAGAGGAGAGUUUCAGCAUUAUUACAUAAUUUUUAUUCAAAUAAACUUGAAAAUUAAAACAAAAAAUCUUUAGCUCC